AUGACCAUUACAGCCAGCCAAACCGCCAGCAGCCCUCCUGUCAAGGGCGCCCCUAUCGCCAACGAUGAACCAGAUAUUCCGGUGGCGUUUGCCUCAGUUCUGGGCGAGACUCCCCCAGCCACCGUGCCGGGGUAUGCCGCCUCGUAUGAACCCACUGCCACCCCUACCCCACAACCGGCCAUUGUCGCCGGAGACAUUGCUCAAGCCAAGCCACCGGCGGUACAAGGACAAGCCGCUGCUAAUGGAGCCAUGACGCCCCCGCCACCUAGUUUUGGUGGUCGACCGAUUCCACCCAACGCCCCACCCGGUGGCCAAUGGGUGCGCAUGAAGUACAGUGGCAACCAAACCUGGGGGAUCAUUGGAGGCGUUGGCUGUGGUCUCUUUUGGUGCUGUUUCAUGAUCGCGGCACCUUUGGCGUUGUUGGGUCUGCUGUGUCCCUGUGAUGAAAGAGAAGCGUACAUGUCACCGAAUGGAGUCAUGUAUGACGAACGAGGACAUGCCGUGGGAGAUCGCAGACGCAACAAAUUUGUAGUGAUUGGACAGGCACAAUAA